AGGGAGAUUGCUAGCACCAUUCACAAAGUAGUGCGGGACUUUGUCGCUUCCUGGUAUCGCACUGUCAGCAGCGAGCCAGCCUUCGAGGCUGAGGUGGAGAAAGCCAUGAUGGGCCUGGCCACCGAGCUGAGGCUGCGGAUGGGGCGAGUGGACCGCCAAGCCCUGGCCCACCGCCUCCUUCUCCUCUGCGGCCAUCACUUGCAGAGCUACCUGCAGGCCCGUGACGCCCUGAGGGGAGAUCCAGAGGACAGCCGGACCCUGGUGGGCUACGCCCGGGCUGCUGUGGAGAUGCUGCUGCGGGCGCUGGUGCCCCAGCCCCACCUGGAGACACGGACAGGACGCUUUGUAGUGGUGGAGCUGGUCGCCUGCAAUGUGCUACUGCCAGCCAUCAGGAAGAUGUCUGAUCCUGAUUGGAUCAACCUGCUGCUCAUCGGGGCUUUCUCCAAAAAGACACGGGGAAUGGAACCACCCCCUGCACCUGCAGUACCUGAUUUCUUACCCUUCACAGGACAGUUGGAUGCUGCCCCUGCAGGGCUGCCUCCCUCACCGAGGGCCAUGGAGGUGCCUGGGCGAGAGGCAGGGGUUGCUGGCAAGGGGGGAGAGGACACAGUGAGUGGGCCAUGCCGCACAGAGGAGCCCUUACUCCGCCCGCAGGCCCUGGGCUCCCUCUUCCCCUACGAGGGUUUGGAGCUGGAGUCCCCUGCACCUGAUGUGGGCCAGGACACGGACCUGCUGGCACCGUCGCCUGCAGGGGUGUUCCUUGAUGAACCCUUUCAGGACACCUCCACUGUGCUGGAGGGACUGGCCUCUUCAGAGGAUGGGGUAGGGGACCUGGAGGAGGGCACUGCCACCAGCUCAGAUGCUGCCUUGCUUCCCACCUCUGCUUUUGUGCUGAGCUCGUGCCCUGAUAUUCAGAUCGACCCGGCAGUUGAGAAGGAGGAGGAGAGCCUGGCUGUCCUCAGAAAAUCCUCUUCACAAAGGCCCUCCAGCCUGGGGAAAGAUCUGGCGACAGCAGAGGGCCCACCACAAAGUCCCCCAGACCCUGGGCGGACUCUGCCCCUGCUCUCAUCCUCCCCAACGGCUUCCAUCAGCACCUUCAGCUUUGAGCCCCUCAGCAGUCCCGACGGGCCGGUCGUCAUCCAGAACCUGCGGAUAACCGGGACCAUCACUGCCCGAGAGCACAGUGGGACUGGCUUCCACCCCUACACCCUGUACACCGUCAAGUAUGAGACAGCCCUGGAGAGUGAAAGCGCAGGCAGUCUUCAGCAAAUGGCUUACCACACUGUGAACCGCCGUUACCGGGAGUUCCUCAACCUCCAGACCAGACUGGAGGAGAAACCGGAGCUCCGCAAAUUCCUGAAAAAUAUCAAAGGUCCAAAGAAACUGUUCCCUGAUCUUCCGUUUGGAAACAUGGACAGUGAUAAAGUGGAAGCUAGAAAAAGUCUGCUAGAAUCUUUCUUGAAGCAAUUGUGUGCCAUCCCUGAGAUUGCAAACAGCGAGGAGGUGCAGGAGUUCCUCGCCCUGAACACCGACGCCAGGAUCGCGUUUGUCAAGAAGCCCUUUGUUGUCUCCAGGAUAGACAAGAUUGUUGUUAAUGCUAUUGUGGACACCUUGAAGACAGCAUUUCCCAGGUCAGAGCCCCAGAGCCCCACAGAGGAUCUUAGCGAGUCCGAAGUGGAUGGGAAAUCUCAGGCAGAUGGGAAGAAGGCUAACAAGUCCAGGCUGAGGUUCUCAUCCAGUAAGAUUGCUCCAGUGCUGAGUGUGAACGAAGCACAUGACAGGAUCGUGUACUCUGUCAGGGAGGGCAGUGCUGUCUCUGGCACCCUGUCGCUGGCUGCUAUGGAUUCCUUCAUCCAGAAGCAGGAGAAGCUUCUAGAAGCAGUUCUGAGCAAAGCUCCCGAAGGUGAGGGAGGCAGAGAAGCUAAGGAAAGCUCCAUGCAGGAGGAUAUGGACAGGCCGAGCACAUCGGAGCAGGGGACACAUCUGGACACGGAUGCUGACUCUGAGACAGCUUUGGCUGACAUGGCCCUGGAUGUGCUUCGUCUGCUGCUGAUGGAUCACUGGAGCUGGCUGUGCACGGAGAACAUCCAGAAGGUUUUCCACCUGCUCUUUGGGACCCUCAUUCAAAGGUGGCUGGAAGUCCAAGUGGUUAACCUGACCUGCACCCAGCGCUGGGUCCAGUACCUCCAGUUGCUGCAGGAAUCCAUCUGGCCUGGAGGAGUUUUACCAGCAGUGCCUAAACCAGCCAGGACAGAGGAACAGAAGAAAGCAGCAGCAGAGCAGGCCCUGCAGAGCCUGAUGGGGAUCUUGCCUAAAGUGAUCCAAGAAAUCCUUGGAACCAGUAAAUGUCAGAUGAGCUGGAACCUGGUACUGGAGUCCCUGGCCCAGCCUGUGAUAAACAGGCACCUGGUUUUCUGCCUCUUGGACAUUCUGCUGGAGUUCUUGGUUGUGAAGGGCUCCAGCCAUGAGCUGGAAACCGCAGCUGUUGCGCCAUCUGCUUCUAGCGACCUGGACAGAGCAGGCGUGUCGGCACAUUAA